UUACGCAGCGCCCAUGUGCUACAACUUCAUCAGCCUCAUCCAUCUGCGCCACUACAGCUACAUCUCCGGCUCCGUCGAGCCCCUCGUCACCGUCUUCGAAAAGCGCAUGGGCGUGCUGUUGGAGUCGUUUGGCCGCAUCUACCCGCUGUGCAUGGUGGCGUGGUCGCUGUUCAUCGCGCUCAACGUGCACCACCACCUCUUCGACUCCCUCUCCCACCUGCUCUCGCACUGCCGCGGCCUCUACAGCCGCACCUGGCGCCGCUUGCGCUUUAAUGAGGAUGGGGAGGGGGAGGAGGUGGGCGUGGACGGGCGGAGGGUGGUGGUGAAGGGCCACAUGAUACUGCAGAGAGAGUGCGCCACCAUCGAGCGAGGGCAGCCUCUGGGGGAGAGCGUGGUGCCACUGGCUCGCCACUUCUCCUCCAAGGACCUCCACGCCUCCUCCUCCGCCUCCUCACUGCUCUUAGGCCACUACCCCACGCCCACUAAGGUACCUCACACAGACCCCAGCUCGUCCUCCUCCGUGGACCCGCUGCUGGACUCGCGGAUUACGGCCGUCAGACCACCUGGGGGCGAGCCCGUCCCUGGCAGUGGCAGCAGCAAGGACUUGGAGUCAGCGGCGUUGUCGAGGGCGGGGGUCAGCAGGAGCGGCUCUGUGAAUACACCAGCAUGCUCUCACACAAGGACCACAACAGCCUCACUGCUGCUGCUGGCAGUGCCAGGAAGCCCCAGCGGCCUCCUGCAGGGGGCGCUUCAGGUGCUGCCUCCCCUGCCGCGGCAGCAGCAGCAGCAGGUGUGGCAGCGAGAUUGGGGCUGGAGGGCAGCAUCAAGUCGAGCUCAGCAGGCGACCUGCUCCCUCUGGGUCGGGAGAAGUCAAGGCAGGCCUCUGUGCCGGGCAGUCCCCUCCUGCUCUCUCAAGCCGCCUCUCCCCUUGUCACUGCCAGGCUACCGCCCAUCAGCACCUCUGCUCACUCCACCCCAUAUCACCCACCUGCUGCUGCUGCUGCUCCUGCCGGUAGCACCACACCGACCCGACCCCUCUCGCCUCCCUCACUCCUCUCCUGUGUUGGGUCUGGGCUCUGCAGCAAUGGUGUCAACCCCAUAGCGGUACCUCUGGGGCGGGCAGGCAGCACCAGCAGCAACAGCAGCAACAGCAGCGUCAAGAGAGCGACAAGAUGCGGGUACCCAGCCAGGCAGUAGCCAUACAGGGGGCUUAUCACCCACAGAGUCCCCGCUUAUCUCAUCAAGCCAGGGAGGAGCAGCAGGUCGAGAGGCAACUGGCUGUUUAAAGUGAUGCUUCCGAGAGAUUCAAGACAGGUG